AUGGUACCAGCCGCGUAUGCGACGUAUUCGCCGUUGAUCCAGGGCCUGUUAUUUCUGGGAUUAUUUAUCGGCACGCUAGUAUCGGAGGUGUGCUGCUCAGGAAGACUCAGUGAUUAUAUUGUCAAGCGGUUAGCGAGGAAGAACGAGGGAGUGCGAGUACCAGAGAUGAGGUUAUGGCUGGCCUAUCCUGCCAUAUUGAUCACUGCAAUCGGACUAAUAGUCUGGGGCAUCAGCAUCGACAAAAACUACCACUGGAUGAUCGGCCAAAUAGCAUUCUUCCUAUUCUCAUCAGGAAUCCAAAUCGGCAACACCGUAACAAGCAGCUACAUAAUCGACAGCUACCCACUCCAAUCCACCAGCGUCGUCAUCUUCUACGCUGUAUUCCUCAACCUGAGCGCUUUUAUCAACCCUGUACAUACCCCCGUAUCUCAUACCUAUCUACCAAUUAACCACGACGCUAACAAGAUACAGUUCUUCAUCGCAAACUGGCAGGCAUCUUCCGGAUGGACGUGGACAUUCACAGCUCAGGCUUUGGUAGUGCUUGUGGCUGGAACGGGCGUGUUUGCUGUGUUACAGCGGUAUGGGGCGUUUUUGAGAUCGAGGGCGAAGGUGCCGGGGUGGGUGAAUCCGGAAUAUCUUAUCAAAUCGUUAUGA